AUGAGAAAUAUUCAGAAUAGUAAUAGUGGACAAUCUAACAAAAAAGAUACUCAAUCUGUACUAUUGUAUAUGUCAUCUCUGGGCAUAGUUAUGUUGGGUGUAGCAUACGCUGGUGUUCCACUUUACAGAAUAUUUUGUCAGCAAAUGGGACUAGGUGGUGUAUAUGUACAAGAAAUUAAUGAGAAGAAAGUUGCUACAAUGAAACCUGUAGAAGAUCGAGUCAUUAAAGUUAGAUUUGAAGCUGAUGCAUCCAGUAGGUUACAAUGGAAUUUCAGACCACUACAAGCUGAAGUAAAUGUAAAACCGGGAGAAACAGCCCUUGCUUUUUUCACAGCCAGAAACUCUACUGAUAAACCUGUUGUUGGCAUAUCAACGUAUAAUAUCAUACCUUAUGAAGCUGGACCAUAUUUUAAUAAAAUUCAGUGCUUCUGUUUUGAAGAUCAAUUACUGAAUCCAAAAGAACAGGUUGAUUUACCAGUAUUUUUCUAUAUUGAUCCAGAGAUGGCUGAUGAUCCCAGUUUAGAAAAUGUGGAUGAAAUUUUACUUUCCUAUAUAUUCUAUCCUUCCAAGCAAGGAUUUCAAGUGCCCGCACCAAACUUUCUUCAACCUAAAAAUGCUACAGUGACAUGA